UGUUACAUCUGCCUGUCUAUCUGCCUGUCUAUUCGACUGUCUGUCUGUCUGUCUGUCUGUCUGUAUGUAAAACUGCAACUUUCAUGAAGGAAAAUAGAAUGCAAAUUCUGGUUUUGGAGAGAUUAGCAUUUGAAUAUAUUUUAUAAUAUGAAACUUCCUGAAAUGCUGGUAACAGUAUAUCUGGUUUCACUUGACUGCUCAAAAAAAACAUUGGGUACUUAGAAAGAGCACAGUUUGAAUACUUCCUUCACUGUGCGAAGACUUUGACACAGAGGCGACCUCUCCUUUUAUCUUCAGAGGUAAUACACAUCUCAUUAUCUUCAGAGCAUUUGCAGUGCGGUACAAGUCACUUACUGGUCGUUAACAAUGUGGCUGGUGAUGUUCAUUCUGCAGGUGGUAGUCAAUGCUAAUGAAGGUGAAGGCAUUUGUAAAGAAGAAAAUUUAUUAAAUGAUGGUAUGUCUUCUUCAGUUGAUAAAGACUAUAUCGAUAGCUGUGCAAGCACUGUGGACGGUAUCAUUGAUAACAAUGUGGAUGUUAAGAGUGAUGUGAUAAUUGACAAGAUGGAAAAAAUACUUGAGAACGUGACAUUCAGUGGCUCCCAUAUUAAUUUUACUUCCAAAUAUCUCAUUGGACAUGUCAGCAAAGUUGAUCCUGUCCAUUUUGAUGGAUUAGAGAUAUAUGCCAAUUCAGAUAAAGUCUCUUCAGAUCACGGCGCAGUCGUGAACAGUACUGUCCGUUUGGCAGUACCGAAAGAAAUUCUUACAGAUGUUACCGGCAAGACAACGGUUGUGUUCUGCAUGUACAAAACGAACAAGCUUUUUAAAAAGACCGUUGUUAAUGAUCAAGUUGUUGGAGUGUCUGUGUCUCAAACUAAGAUCGCUAGCCUUGCAAAUCCAAUGAACAUCACGUUUUUUCUUAAACAACCACUCAAUCCAAAUGAAACAGCAACAUGUGUGUUCUGGGAUGUAAGCACAAGUAAAUGGAACAGUUCAGGGUGCAAAACCAUAUUGGCAGAUGGUCAGAUACACUGUCAGUGUAACCACAUGACCUAUUUUGCCGUGUUGUUGAGUCCUUCAGCUGUUUCUGAAGCUCAUUUAAAGAUACUGUCCACAAUAUCCUUUAUUGGCUGUGGAAUCUCCCUGGCUUGUUUGACUAUAACCCUCGUCAUGUAUGCUGCCUGCAGGAAAAUAUCGAAUGACCAUUCCACACAGAUCCAUAUCAACCUUGCAGCGGCCCUGGUCUUAUUGAAUCUGUUUUUUCUGCCCAAUGAGCAUUUGGCUUCUUUCAAAAAUAACACCCUCUGCAGAUUCCUGGCCCUGAUGCUGCACUACUCCCUGCUCUGCUCCUUCACCUGGAUGGGAAUCGAAGCGUUCCACCUGUACAGGUUGCUGUGCAAGGUGUUUAACAUCAACACGAGUCGCUACAUUCUCAAGCUCUGUCUGGUGGGCUGGGGCCUUCCUGCCGUUGUUGUGGGUUUGAUUAUCGCCAUUAAGAAAGACGCUUAUGGGCUUAGAAUCAUUCCCAUGAAAGAGGCCAACUACACAAACGUUACCAUGUGUUACAUCACUAAUGAGUACAACACUUUGUACUACAUCGCAAACAUUGGCUACCUUGCUGUGGUCUUCGCUUUUAAUACCUUCAUGCUGGGAGUCACUGUGGUUAAGCUCAUGAGUAUUAGAUCGACCAGCAGCCCCAUUGAAAAGAGGAGAGCCUGGAAGGACAUCUGCACCAUUCUGGGGCUCAGCAGCCUGCUGGGGACCACCUGGGGACUGGCUUUCUUCACCUUUGGGCCGCUGAGCCUACCUGGCCUGUACUUCUUCUGUGUCUUAAACUCACUGCAAGGGGUCUUCAUAUUUCUGUGGUUCUGCGCUUUGAGACAAAAAGCCAGCAAAAGCUCUGCCAGCAGUGACACUCACAGCACCAAGACAUGAAGACCAUCUCCCACCCCACCUGUACUCGUGAGAUCACCACUCGUGUAGUGUUGUCAAUGGCAUUAGGAAUCUUUUUUAGAUGGUGUGGCAGGGUGAAUGCCGUGCCAGUGUAACGUGUGCUGUGUGGGGAAUAUUGGGUUGGCAGAAACACACAUGGGAGUGUGGCUGGGGCUGUAAAUUGAAUAAUUGAUGAUUAAUGAGGCUCCAGUUACAGGUUUAUAUAAAGAGUAAUAACUGGUGUUAAUCUCAGAGUUGAAUGAGAGUUGAGUGUGAGAGGAGAGCUGUGCUGUGCUGUGCUGUGCUUUGCUGUGCUGUGCUAAGGCAGUGAAUAAAUGAUUACACAAUGGAUCAGGACGGUAUUGUUUGGUGUUUAGGUGAGUGGAGCCACGAGAGAUAUACGGUGUUGGGAUAUUUAUAGAGCGAAUGUGUAGUUGUUUUGUUGUUUGUCUCAAACCGUUUAUUUUGGCCGCUGUGCUUAUUUGUUUUGUUCCUGUUUGUGGUUGUUAGUUGUUUGUUUUGUGUGUUUGUUAGUUCUGUAAAUAACAUGCGCUGUAGUGUUUAAACUGCAGCUUCUGUCCCUGGGUCUGCUUCCUGGGAGUAACACACCUUGCCAGUGAUGCUGUCCUUUCCACAGGUGGUUUUGACCACAUUGAAAAAGCAUACUGUAGUCUCUAGUCCUAACCCAAUGUUGGGAACUAACAGAUUACAUUACUGUAAUCUGAUUACAUUUUUUCAGUAACUUGUUACUGUAGUGAUUCCUUUUUCAGACAGAAAAAAUAAGUUACUUUUAGUUAAAACAAAAAAAAAAGUUUUUAAAAAGGACUACGGCUAAAACCAAAAUCACGAGCACGCUUU